AAUAUGAUUUACAUAGUCGAUUAUCUCAGUUUCAAAUUAAAAGAUGAUUGGCCGAAACAUCUCUCGAGUCUAGGAUUUCCCACGAAUGCUUUGAUUAAUACCGUAGUAAAUACCAUCAGAGGACAAACCUAUGCAAUCUUCGAUGAUCACGAUGUGGCGCAGAUAGACGAAUGUAGCAUGAGUAUUCGUGCGUAUCACACGUUACAAUCAGUAUUCCCAGGAAUACCACCAGCUCCGACCUUGGCCUUCCGACACAUCGACGGUAAUAUUUAUUUCGCCAACAAACAACAAUUUUACAAAUUUAACGAGUUCACGAAAACUCUAACGGAAGCUGAUCAAUUUAACAUAAACAUACUCAAUGUCAAAUGUUCGAGAGACAAAUUAUUGCAGCAAUUGCAAGAUAUCUUAAAUAAUUCGACUAAUUCGAUCGAAAUAUUGACAAAACGCAACGAGGAAUAA